UCCUCUAGAAAGAAUAGUUUAUAAAUGUGGAACAGAAAAUGAUAAACAAGAAUAUGAAAUUAUGUUGCCAAAACAAAACAAUUCCUACGUCACUCAAUAACAUUCUUCACUGACUCGUGCAGUCAGGAUCUUGGAGGAGCAGUCACUGAAGAAAAAAAGUUUCGCCUCAAAUUAGACACAGAGCUAAUACUUGAUGGUAUCAUCUUGCCAUACCUUCAUAGAAAAAGAGGGCUGCCUUGAAGCUGUUUUCUCAAUUCCUGAAGCUACGUAUGAGAAAUACUUUCCACUGACGCUUGAUCGCUCAAGGGCAUUGGAAAACUUGACUUAUGAGCCAGUAGGACUGAAAUUCAAAUCAAUAUAUUAUUCAGAUACUUGGAGUGUCAAAUCUGAUGAGCAAGACGCAUCAUUCACUGAUACAGAAGGACAAGUUAUCAUCAGAGACCCAAAUGAUACAAAAACAGACAUACAUGUAUCGAUACCAGUGAAUCACACAGACAAUGGUCAAACCAACAAGAACACUACAAAAAGUGAUAAUACACUAUGCACACCUGAUAUAUCUAAUGGGGCAAACAAGCAUGAAUUGGUUCCAGAGGAUGACAAUGAUGAAGACAAUGAUCCUUUUGCUAAUACAGGAACAAACUUAUAUAAUAUAAUUAGUGAACAAAACGAUACAUACACUGAACUGGAGCACAUUGUACCACAGCCAGGCCGCAAAAUGCACCGAAUAUCAGUAAGAGAAACGGCUAACGAGAAACCGUUCGUACUACAUUCGCCUCCCUAUAACAAAGAAAAACAAUAAUUGUUUUACAUGUACGAUUUUAAAACUAAUGGUUCAUGCAUAGUUGCUUGUUAUUUGAAAUGUUUUACAGUGUGAUUCAUUGGUUGU